GAUAUCAUAUUGUUCAUUUCUCUCUCUUAGUCUGCCAUCCCGGUUGCGCGGCUUAUUGCUCGGUGCCGUCUUGGAGAGAAGAGUGAGAGAGAGAGAGGUGAGGUGGCCAGAGCGGAAGAGGGCGGAAUGCCCCUUUACAGGCGUCGCAUCUUUGACUAAAACAGCGGAGAAGCUCAUAAAUCGGAAAUUGGUCAGAGAGGAGGACACUGGUUUCUGCAACACCAAGGUUCUGUUGGAAGGCUUUGAAAAAUAUCCACAAAUCUGACUGGCCUCCAGUUCCCACUGAUGUGCUGGCAAGGCCAAGGACACCGACGCGUUCCACCAAUUCCUGUUGGAGCUAGAUGACUAAGAACUCAACCCAACAGGCUCCCAUUUCUGAUCUUGGAAAGAUUAGGAAAAUAUCAAGAUAAAGUUUAUGCAUGCACUGCAGGUAUAACUCCACGCUCCAAAGCCAAAUCUGUCUGCAAAGAAAAUUUCACGCACAGUGUCUUCAUGCAGGCUUGCAACAUGGCCCAGAACUUGAAGAGUUGAGUACAAUAAAGGGAAGGUGAGAGGGGAGGGUUCUGCUCACUCAUACAUGGGCACAUCAGUCUGGUCUCUGUGAUCCAGACCAAGACACCCUGCAGAGCCCCUCCCGUUCUUUCUUCAUCACUGCUGCCCCACAGCUUCCUCUGCCCAAUCAUUCUUAGCUCACACCUUGUAAAAGGUGGACAGCCCAAAACUGUGCUUACCCAAGCGCCGUCCGAUAGGUGUGGGCGGCCAGGGCUGCGCUGUCAUUGGCUGACUGCUGGUGAGAGUGCGAUGCGGAUUGGAGGAUGUCGGGGGACUGGGAUGAAGACCUGUGUAAGAAGGCGCUGGUGUUGGUGGAGGAGCUGUGCUUCAACACGAGGGGUUACAGCCAAAGCGAACGCUGCCAGGAGUUCAGCUACCUGCUGAGGGGUCGGAACAGACAGCUGGACACAGAGAUCUCUGUCAGUCUGCUGUCAGUCAUUGUGACAUUCUGCGGCAUCGUCCUCCUCUCUGUCUCCCUCUUUGUUUCCUGGAAGCUCUGCUGGCUACCAUGGCGGGACAAGGAGGGGGGAGGUCUGAGUCUGACAUCAGGGUUGCUGCCUGGAACUGCUGGUGUCGGAAACCUUGCAGCUGCCGGGGGCUCGUCGCUCUUACCCCCGCUGCUGCAGAGGAAAGAGGGCCACUCCUCAUCCUCAUUGUACCCCACACUUGGCCAGCAGGGCCAGCACCACCCCCAUUUCUCUGAUCUGGUGGGGCUGGAGAGGGGUGAGGUCGGAGGGGUAGUUGGAGGGCCACAUGAGACCCAGGAGCACUCCUACCUGGACAUGGAUUCCUACCCCAACAAUGCUGGAACUCUGAAGCUGAGUCAGACGUCUCCAGACGUUCCCAACUCAGAGGGUGGAGCCCAUAAAGACCUGCCGAACGCUCACUCGCAGCAGCAGGUCACCUCGCGGCCCAAGCCCAUGACUCACCAGCUCUCCAGUCCCGAUUUCCACGGAGAGGAGAAGGAGCAGGUAACCAGCAUUGGGCAGAUUAAACCAGAGCUCUACAGACCCAAGGGCGACCAGGGUGAUGGCAAACAGGGCGACACCUGCGGCAAGAUCAGCUUCCUCCUGCGCUACGCCUUCAAUACGGAGCAGUUGGUGGUGAAGAUACUGAAAGCUUUGGACCUGCCAGCGAAGGAUGCCAACGGCUUCUCUGACCCUUACGUGAAGAUUUACCUACUGCCAGACAGGAAGAAGAAAUUCCAGACAAAGGUCCACAGAAAGACCUUAAACCCAGUGUUCAAUGAGACAUUUCAGUUUGGCGUGCCGCUGAAUGAGCUACAUUCCAGGAAGCUGCAUUUCUCCGUGUAUGACUUCGACCGCUUCUCCAGACACGACCUUAUAGGACAGGUAGUGGUGGACAACCUGCUGGACUUCAGCGAGGGCAGCGGGGACAAACCCAUCUGGAGGGACAUUGUGGAGGGCACUGCGGAGAAGGCUGAUCUCGGGGAACUUAAUUUCUCGCUGUGUUACCUGCCUACCGCAGGCAGGCUCACCAUUACAAUCAUCAAGGCCACCAACCUCAAAGCCAUGGACCUGACUGGUUUCUCAGAUCCGUACGUGAAGGCCUCUCUGAUAUGUGACGGGCGGAGGCUAAAAAAGAGGAAGACCUCCAUCAAGAAGAACACACUGAAUCCCACGUACAACGAGGCGCUGGUGUUUGACAUUCCCAAUGAAAAUAUAGAAAAUGUAUCUAUCAUCAUUGCGGUGAUGGACUAUGACUGCAUUGGUCAUAACGAGGUUAUAGGGAUGUGUCGUGUGGGCAGUGAUGCUGACGGUCCAGGGAGGGAGCAUUGGACUGCCAUGCUGGCCAAUCCUCGCAAACCAAUAGAGCACUGGCAUCAGCUUGUGGAGGAAAAAGCAAUCGGUACAUUUGUGUCAAAGAGUUCUGCCACAUCCUCCCCAAAGCCACACAUCGUGGUGGACAGUCCCCACUCCGAAUAAAACUGUCAUUAUCAUCUCUACAACUCCAGACUUUCCUUUCUUUCUUCUCAUCUGUGAAUAAUUCUCUCCAUCAAAGAAAGAGAGACAUGGAGACACUGCUAGUGUCCAACUGCUACUGCUGUUCUGCUCCUGCUAAUGAAUCCUUCUACUCCUGUGCUGUCUUUACUGAGCUGGAGGGAAGAAAAAAAAAUCAGCUACAUCCAUCACAAGCUACACUUUUGAGCAUCAGACUACACAUUUACAAACACAUGUGGACACUACACGGUACAGUGGACUGAAAUCAGGUGUACAUUUUGGGAUUUAGCAAGGAAACACACACCUAACCACACACACACACACACACACACACACACACACACAAAUAAAUACACAAAUACAGAGUUUGUAGUAUGUGAGUAGUCUAUGUGUGCUUCAGAUUAGUGUAGUAUUUCAUCUAGAAGGAGUGUGAUGUGACAAAAUUUUCUCUCUUGAAAACUAAAAAAAGUAAAAAGGAAGCCAUCAUAGAGUGGUCAUUUCAACCAGGACCAAAGGUUCACGCCCUUGUACAGACUACAAAAGAAGAAAAUCCCGAUGUCGAUAUUUUUCAUUUGGUGUACAGUAUAUGCCGUUCUGUAUAGGAAUACAUCUCAUGUAGUACUAGCAGGACGAAAUACCCACCGUGGAUUCUCUCGGCCAUUUUGGACGCCUUCUCCAGGGUUCCUACCCUCUGGUUUCAGAGUUAACUCGCUUAUUUUCCCCAGAGGAAAGACGACGAGGCAUCCAGUGGUCUUUAUUGAUGUCAGAAGAGCGAAAAAUGAGGACGGACUCAUUGGUCCACGCAUGUUACACAACCUUGAAAUGUGUCCCUCUUCCUCAUGCUUUUUGUCACAGUCCUCAUGGUGCUCAUUAGCAUUAUUUUUUUAUUAUUUUGCACCAUCAUUUGUGGGAAACAGUAUACAUGCAACCAUGUGGAAAUGAGUUUAUUCAUGCUAUUUUUUUUUUUACAGUCCACUGAGGAUGAGAUGAUGUGAGACAUGAACUAUUUGAUAGACACCGGCUUUCAGGCCAAACCGCCAGACUUUUCCUAAUGUAGGACAAAACGGGCUCAAAAAAUCCUGGCUCUGGGAUUGGACCAGCAUCUGUUUGGAGUGCACUAGCUGGAGGAUGUAUCCUAUGCUGAAGGAUAUCACCACUCUAAUUUAUUUUUCAAUCAUUCCAGGACAAUUUUUUUUUUCCUCUCUCAAGCUUCAACUGACAAAAUUGUUAGUCCAUAUCAUGUCUCUGACAAGACUUUAGGAGGACACACACGUCCGUGUUGCUUAGUGUGUGUUUCUGUGUUUGUGGGCGUGUUUGUUUUGUAUUGUGCGCGUCUGUGCGUGUGCGUAUGCCUGUGCGUGUCACUGUGACCCUGUGUGUGACAUGUUUCUGUGCUCACCUCCUCCUCCUCUUCCUCCUCUUCCUCGUCUUUUUUCUCUCUUGCCUCCCUCACUCCUCAAAUCCCGGCAUCCACAGACCGAAAAGCCCGUCUUGGAGCCAACUUUGUGUUGUGUCUUUACAAGAAGCCAUUUUCUGCGUGCGUGUGUGCAUGCAUGCGUGUGUGUGUGUGUGUGUGUGUGUGUGUGUGCGCAUGUGUGUGUGUGUGUGCUAGAGUGAAUGUGUAUGUACUAUAUGUGCCUCAUUGCACUAGGUGGGGAAACACUGUCUUUCAUAGACAUUAGUUUGUAUUGUCUAUGUCGUCUCUGAAAUCAGCUGCCAGUCAUUCAGCCCUUCUCUCCUCUCUGACCCUUCUGCCUGAUGUAAGUAACUGUGUUGAUUGUGUACUUCUUUCAGUAGUUUGUGUACUGUAUGUCCGAGGGAAAAACAAGAUGGCACCGGCAUUAGUAAUUUCAAUUUUUGGGUGUGUUUUGAUUACAUUCAUGAGAAAAAAAAGGUUGGAAAAAAAACCCCAAAAAACAAAAACAUAUUAAGAUAAAUUUAGAUCCCCUUAAAGGCGACACAACAGGGAGGAGGUGUGAGAAAUAUCUGCACUUUUUGUGUAAACUGAUACAGACUUUACAAAGCCGUGUCUGUCACCACACUGUAACCUCAGCAAAACAGUACAACACCUCACUACAGCUACUUGUAUUGUUGCCAUUUCAGUCUCAUUCUCACACACACAGACACACACGUUUACUGAGGAGUGUGUUUGUGUGUGUGUUUGUGGGGUGGAGGGGGUGUUUUCCUCUGGAUCAAGGAAGGUAUCAGGAGGUUCAAAUUAUAUCUGAAAAGUAUUUUGUGUUGUUUGUCAGAUGGGGGAUUAUUGAUCAGCUUGUAUAAGCAGAUAUGGUAUUGAUCCAUUGGUCUGGAGGCCCCAUAACUCUCCUUUCCCAGCCUCUCACUCUGCUUGUGUCUACCCUAUUUAGCCCUUGUGUUACUGCGUUGCGUUACCCUUGUGAUAGAUUAUGAAACUCAUACUGGAGCCAGGAAAUUCUCCUAUUCUCUUCUUCCCUCUGCCCCCCCCCCCAAUCCCCUUUCUGUUUCUGUCUGUCUGAUUACUCAUUCUCUUCUCCAGCAAUCCUUACCUGUCCUCCUGCACCUCUCCAUCACCUAUCCAUUUUUCCUGCUCUACUUUCUCUCCAUGCUCCUUCAGCUUUCUCACCCACCCCACCCCAUCUUGCCCUCUUUCCUCCUCUCUGUGUAUGACAGCC